GCUCUCCGUUACUCACUCACUCACUCGUACGCUCAACCCAAGCGCCGCUCCGGCGAAAGAGUGCGCACCUAUCAACUCAUCCUCGCCGAGUUGGAGGGCCACCCUUGGAGAUCACAAACGCAAGCGAUCCGCUGGAGAAACAAAGAGACAAAAUGUCGACCUACGUGUCCUCUGAAUGCCGCCGGGUCAGCCCCUCUGUCCACGGCAACAAGUUCGACACGGCGCACCGCAAGAAGGCCGUGGCCAACAUUUUCGAGAACGUCAACCAGGACGCGCUGAUGAGGCUCUUCCAGAAAACUGGCGACAUGAAGGCGGAGGAGAGAGUGAGGAGCAUCUUCUCCUACACCCAGGACCCCGAGGAGACGGCUCGGGCCCUGAUGGCUCUGAAGCAGCGAAAGAAGGACAAAUUCCUCCAGAUCGCGGGGAUGGUCCGACAGCUGCUCAACCUGCGAUGACUGCGUUUUACCAGUCUUUAACAGCCUCAGUCUCUCUGUCGGCUCAUGUGUGAGCCGAAUGUGAAAACGCUCCCAGUACUGGGUUGCAGCCGCAGGUGCGGCUCACCUGUCGCCUGGAAAGGCGCGUCAGGUGCGGAAAGUGUGCAGCCAGCCGCCCGGAGGGCAUCACGCAGCGGUCGUGGCCUCAUGGACGGAGGUGACAGCGGAGAGCCCUGCCUGGAGCGGAUGGAGCAAGAUAAACUGACUGGGAAUAUGAAGGGCUUUCGCGUCUUCUUUGAGACUUGAAUUCAUGAAUGCAUUCCCGUGGAUGCGAGACUGUGAAACAGCCCCUUGUACAGUUACACAUCACUGCGUUGAUGAUGGUGCACAGCUGCAAUAUCAGACUUUCUAGUGCCCAAGAACCUGCCUACAUGAAUGCCUGUCCUGAACAUAUGCCUUGUCUCUCAGCUACACUGUGUUAUAUGAACAGUACUCAUUAGUGGCCACUAAUGUGUUAUUGUCACAAAAAUGUUAUAGCACUGUGAUUUGCAUUUAUUAUGUUCCUUUAUUUGUCAUUUUUAAUAAAUUAUUGUAUACAAAAGUUGA